AGGGGCGAUGAACGAUUAUAAAAUGGGGCGAAUUGCUCAGAUUGAUAAUGAAAUAUGUACAAACUGCACAUGAACUGUGAAUACAGGCUCUAUUAGUUGCGAUAUACAUACGUAUGUAUAUAGAAUGCUAUUGUCGAGCCAAAUGUAAGCAACUGAGUGAGAACAGAAACAGAUUGGGGGAGUUAACUAGUUGAGAAUGCAGCAGCAGGUUUAAAAGUGAGAGAUGAGAAAGGGGUGUUGGAAAUAAAGUGCGUGUGUAAUGCAGUUCGGUUAAAAUCGCGUAAACGGGCAACACAAAAACGAUUGACUAACAGUCAAUAAACAGGACCUUAAUCUUAGGAAUUGAAAGCUUUUCGUAGCAGUUACGUUCCUUAAAACCUUAUAAUUACGCACAUAUAUAUACAUACUACAUAAAACAGUGUAAAUUAAUUUUGUGGUGUGUUACAUAUAAAGAAAAUACAUAUUUCGUACGGUAUCCGCCCUCUAUCGCCAUAAAAGAUGGCACCGUCAUGUUUCGAGGUGAUCCUGGUCGGUUUCAUCCUUGUGUUACCAUUCUUAUACGAAAUGAGCACAAUAUUUCGUUACUAUUUCAAGUUCCUUCUCUACUAUGGAUAUGUAAUGAUAAAUUCCAUUACAUUGCUCCCAAUUAUGAUAUUACGUCCCAAGAACGUAAAAAAUUUUAUACUGGCAUCAUCAGUAUGCUCGUGUCUGACAAAUUUGUUGGGAGUACGUUGGGAACUCAGAGGUAGAGAACAUUUAGAACAAGAUAGGGCAUGCAUAAUAGUAGCAAAUCAUCAGAGUUCCUUAGAUAUAAUGGGAAUGUUUCAAAUAUGGCCAGUAAUGGAAAAAUGCACCGUUGUAGCAAAAAAAGAACUUUUUUAUGCAUGGCCUUUUGGUUUAGCCGCUUGGCUUUGUGGAUUAAUAUUCAUAGAUAGAAUGAAUUCAGAAAAGGCCCGUUCAGUUAUUAACACUGCCACAAAUCAUAUUAAAGAUGAAAAGAUUAAACUGUGGAUAUUUCCUGAAGGCACCAGAUAUAAUACCGGUAAAAUUCAUCCUUUCAAAAAGGGUGCCUUUCAUGUUGCAAUUACAUCUCAAUUACCUAUAUUGCCAGUUGUAUUUUCUUCUUAUUAUUUUUUGUCCUCGGAAGAAAAAAGGUUUGAUUCUGGUCGAGUUAUUAUAACAUCAUUACCACCAAUAUCUACAGAAGGAUUAAAUAAAGAUGAUGUUGAACAUUUAAUGCAAAAGACAAGAAAUGUUAUGAUGGAAGUUUUUCAUUCAACCAGUUGUGAAGUACAAUUUUCAAAUACUCCUAUUAAGUCUUAGAGUAAAGCAACCAUUUUAUAGCAGUUCAAGCAGUAAUUUUAUCAUUCAUAUUACAAUUGUAACUAAGUCUUAUCUUGAAAACCAAAGAAUAUUUUCUUACUUUUUAGUUAUUAUUACUACAAUAAUUUUAAUUACUC